GCAACUAAUUAACGAGGUGCUACCCGAGCACCUGUAUAAAAGGGUCCUAAUUUACCUAGAUGACAUUCUCAUAUUCAGUGAGACUCUAGAGGAGCACGUAAAGGUAGCGUGGCAAGUACUGAAAAAACUAGCUGCAAAGCUCUAUGCGAAACUCUCAAAAUGUGAAAUCCAUAAAACCUCCCUAGACUACCUGGGCUAGUGAGUGUCAAGCGAAAGAGUGGAGAUGGACCAAGGGAAGGUAAAAGUGUUGCUAGAGUGGCAGCCCUCACGCACCUGCAAACAACUCCAAAGCUUCCUGGAGUUUGCAAACUAAUAUAGACAGUUCAUCCCAGCAUUCGCAGAAGUCGCUUUGCCCCUAAGGGAGCUAUUAAAAAUAGAGCCCCCUCCCAUGAAACCAUGAUUGACGCAACCGCUUGCCUGGUCAAUAGACUGCCAAAGGGCCUUUGAAAAAUUAAAGCGGCUCUUUGCCGAGGAGUCAAUCCUUCAACACCCUGACCCUGAAAGACAAUUCAUUGUCCAGGCCGAUGCUAGCGAUGUGGCGGCGGCUGUGCUCCUACAUAAGGACCUACAGGGUCAGCCCUGCAUGUAUGUGUCCAAGAAGCUCACCGACACUGAGAGUCAGUGGCAAGUUGAGAGAAGGAAGCCUAUGUAGUCCGUUGGGCCCUCCUCUCCUGGAUACACUUUCUUGAAGGGAGGAAAGUACCUUUUGAGGUUUGGACUAAUCACAAAAACCUCAAAGCCCUAAAGCCCCCCCAAAAAACUCUCUCUCAAGCAAAUCCACUGGGCACAGUAUUUCAGUCAGUUUAAUUUAAAGUUAAAAUACAUCCUGGGAGGGGGAAAAUAUCUGCUGGCUGAUGCGUUUUCAAGAAAGCCACGGUUUGAUAGUUGGAGGGAAGAAGUCAUACACACCAUCAUCCCCCCUUCACAACAAGCAGUGCAAGUAACUAAGGGCCAAUCAGGAUGCCAAUCCGAUCCCAUGCGGGACAAACUGACAGCCACACUGAAAGCAGCGCUCCCAGGCGAACAGUGGCUCACAGACAACAAAGAUGUUUUGACAGCCUUCCGAUGGCUUCCGUCUUCCCUGGAAGACGUCUGAAAUGGCGUCCCGAACCGAGAUUCUGUAAAAGCUGGUGUAACAGCUGUUAGCCAGCUUCAAAGCUUUUCUCUGGGUGAAAGAGAUUAGCAAGAGUGGCUGGAUAGCAGAAGAUUGCCCCAGGGGCUCUGCUUUCUUAUGCAGAGUCUCGGAGGGGUGCCUGCCUAACCCAGCCCUACUCCAGACUCGGCUCGAUCCUGCUAAUUAGGCAGGACAAGAGUAAGACGCCCACUUCUGCUCAAUUGAUUCCGUUUUGAAUACUAGAAGCAGACGGGGACAAACACAAGUGAUCGAUUACUGGGGAAGCAAGAAGAGAGCUGACUUCUACUUCUUUUAAAAAAGGGGAAAACUUUUUCUCACUUUAAUUUAGUGAAGGAAAGAAUAGCAUCUGAGAGGAAGUGGAUUGCAGGCUGCUUGUGAGAGAAAGCGAAAUUCGUCUUUGUGGAUUUUAGCUGAAUAGAAGCUCUCCAUAGGAGCCAAGGUGAAAGUUUUUAUUUUACAACUUUAAUUUGAGACUUUUUGAGACUUUGAGAUUUUACAAUUCUAAUUAGAGACUUUACUUAAAUUAAAAUGGCUUUUAAGCCACCAAAAGCUCCCAUGACGAGAAGGGGGUCUGAAACUAACUUGGAAGAUAUGUUAAAGGAACAGAACAGAGUUUCUGAAGAGAGGUUUAAAGAAAUUAUGAAUAAUAUUCACGGUGGGAAGGAUCAACUUAGGGAAGAAAUUAAAGAGACUAAUAAAAAAAUUAGAGAUGAUUUAUUGAUGGUUUUUCAAGGUUUGGCAAAAAAUUUGGAAGUAAUGGAGGAUAAAGUGGAAGUAAUUAGUCAAGCAAAUCAGUAUUUGGAUAAUAAAGUUGGAGAGCUCCAAAAUAAAGUGGAUAAAAAUGAGGACCAUAUGGUGGUAUUGCAAUAUAGAGCGUUGGAGAAGGCUUUGAGAAUUAGGGGUCUCCAGGAUCGAAAGGAAGAAGAUAUUAAAAAAGUUAUAUCAGAAGCCUUAGCUGAAAUGUUAGGAAUGGACCCUCGAGAAGUUGAUUUUCAAAUUGAUAAGGCACAUAGGAUUAAUUCUUGGGUAGCGAGGCAGAAAAAGCUCCCAAGAGACAUUGUAAUUUAUUUUUUGACUUCUACAAUAAGAAAUCAGCUUUUGCAAGCUACAUACCAAAAGAAAUUGCAAAUAGGAGAACAGGAGGUGUUGGUUUUGAAAGAGAUCCCUGCUAAAAUGUUAAAGGAUAGAAGGGAUUUUAGAUUUUUUACACAAGAGCUUAAGAAGCAUCAGAUUCAAUACAGAUGGGAGGUUCCAAUUGGCUUAACAGUAUUUUUUCAAGGCAGGAGAUAUCGAAUUGAUACUGAGUUGAAAGCAAAAUAUUUUCUUUUUAAUGUAUUGAAAGUGGAUGUAGAAACAGUGGAUAAAAGUCUUCAAGAGAAACAGAGUGGGGAAGUUGAAACUACACCUGUGAUGUCAGUACCUCAAGAACAACCUCAAGAACAAAGAGUGACAAGGGGAGCUAUUAGGCGUAAGGAGAUAGAGGAACGACUUCAAAGACAGGAACGGGAUUCUACUACUGAAGCUGUGGGAGGAGCCAAGCCGAAGAGUGAGAGUCUUCAGCUAAUUGCUCAGAAGCUUCAAGAGGCCAGUGAUGGCAAAUAAAUUUUUGACAUGGAAUGUUAAUGGUUUGAAUUCAGCACAGAAAAGAAAAUAUUCCAUUAUUUGAAACAAUUUAAAAACGAUGUGAUAUGUUUGCAAGAGACACAUAUAAAAUUAUCAGAUCAGAAAUAUUUGAUUAAUUCGAAAUUAGGUAAACAUUUUGUUUCUUCUGCUCCGAAUAAGAAAAAUGGUAUACUGAUAUAUUUUUCUUCAAAUAUAUAACUAUACCAUUUUUCUUAUUCGGAGCAGAAGAAACAAAAUGUUUACCUAAUUUCGAAUUAAUCAAAUAUUUCUGAUCUGAUAAUUUUAUAUGUGUCUCUUGCAAACAUAUCA